ACCCAAAGUAGAUAAUAGAAACACUAUUUAUUUUCACACCAUUUCGCAAAAACGAACAUUUUCUUUUAUCAGUCUUCUCAUCUCACUUUUCUCCUUUUAUCAAUCUGAACAUGGUAAAGCUAAACCAACCCAAUUGUUUUCCUCUAAUUCCCAUUACCAUUGUUCAUUAAAGUUUCCAACUUUUGAUCAAAUUUCAUCUCAUUCUCAUCAUGUAUUUAUUUGUCUUUUAUUCUUAAACUUCAAAAACAACUUGGCUGUUCCUAGUAUAGUAUUCUCUUCACCACAGAGGUAUUGGAGGAACAUAACCAAAAGGGGACAUAUACUAACGUGCGCUACUGGGGCCGUUAAUAUUCGUUAGUGCUCUUCUCUCUCUCUCUCUCUCUCUUUUUCUCCCAUUACCUUAAAAGCCAAACAAACCAACCCCAUUUUUUUUCUUGAAACUCACAGAAAAUGAUCCAUAGAUCACUUCUCUCUAACAACAUGGAUAAUGGUUGCUUCCCUUCUCCACGCCUAGAUGCUUUUCCAGCAGGUUUGCGAGUUCUCGUUGUUGAUGAUGACCCAACAUGGUUGAGGAUCCUUGAAAAGAUGCUCAAAAAGUGCUUUUAUGAAGUGACUACAUGCUGUUUAGCAUCAGAGGCUCUAAAAAAGCUUCGUGAAAGGAAAGAUGCAUAUGACAUAGUGAUCAGUGAUGUGAACAUGCCUGACAUGGAUGGUUUCAAACUUCUUGAGCAUGUUGGACUUGAGAUGGAUCUUCCUGUCAUUAUGAUGUCUGUUGAUGGAGAAACAAGCAGGGUGAUGAAAGGUGUUCAACAUGGAGCAUGUGAUUAUCUCCUAAAGCCUAUAAGGAUGAAAGAACUGCGAAAUAUAUGGCAACACGUCUUCAGAAAAAGGAUUCACGAGGCAAGAGAUUUUGAAGGUCAUGAGAGUUUUGAAGGCAUUCACUUAAUGAGAAGUGGAUCAGAUCAGUCUGAUGAUGGUAACCUGUUUGCUUUAGAAGAAAUGACCUCAAUGAAGAAAAGGAAAGAUGUAGAUAACAAACAUGAUGACAAAGAAUUUGGAGAUCAAUCUUCUACAAAGAAAGCUAGAGUAGUUUGGUCUGUGGAUCUUCAUCAGAAGUUUGUUAAAGCAGUGAAUCAGAUUGGAUUUGAUAAAGUUGGUCCCAAGAAAAUUCUAGAUUUGAUGAAUGUUCCAUGGCUGAGUAGAGAAAAUGUUGCUAGUCACUUGCAGAAAUACCGGCUCUACUUGAGUAGGUUGCAAAAGGAAAAUGAUCAGAGAUCUUCCUCAAGUGGAACAAAGCAUUCAGAUUCACCUUCAAAAGAUCCAGGAAGUUUUAGUUUUCUGAACUCUACAAACAAGCAACAAAAUGAUGUUGCAAUUGACAGCUUCAGCUACUCAGAUGGAACCUUACAACUUCAGCAUGAUGCUACAAGUCAUGAAGGUGAUCUCAAAAAAAUUGUGUCAGAGACUACAACAGAAAAAAGAAGAGCUUUGAUUUGUGACAUUCCAGACCCUAAGAAACGAAAGAGUUCACAGAUGGGCCUUAAUCACCCUUUUACACCUGUAGAUUCAGAAGCAAACCAUGCAGUAUUUGAUUGCAUCAUACCAACACAGUUCUCUUGGAGUGAAGUUCCAAAAAGGCCACUCAAAGAAGAACAAAAGACACUUGUUCCAUUAGAGGAUAGCUUAAGCCAGUUGCCAUUACAUGGCACGCAGCAUCACAUUCAGGUUAAUCAAUCACAAUCAUUUGCUUCAAUCAACACCAAUCCCUCUAUAACAGAAGAAGAGGUUGCUGCCUGUUUAAAAACCAAACCUUUUUAUGCUGAUUACAAAAGUGAUUAUGACAGUCCUGUGAGUUCAAUAGGAUCUGCAGUUGAUAUCUUUCCUAUUCAGUCCAAAAGCCUUAUAGUGAAUGAUCAAUCUUCUGAGCCCAUUUUCACUUCAAAUUUAGGCUUGAAAACACAGGGAUUAAAUCUCAGUUGCAUUUCUGAUCUGGAAUUUUACCAAAGAAACCUACUUUUAGGUGGUGGUGGUGUGGUAGCUUCUGCACCUUUGGAGGAGGACUUGCAUUUCUUUUUGCUACAAGGUGAAUGCUAUAAUACCAACUUCGGCCUGCAAAAUAUAGAGAUGUCAGAGUAUUAUGAUCCAAGGCUCAUUGGUGAAGUUCCUACUUAUUUACAUGAUGCAUCAGAUUAUUCAGUAGUAGAUCAGAGUCUAUUCAUAGCAUGAUCUGUCCUGCCCUUUUCUGCAUCAUGAACAAAAAAUUCAACUCCAAGCAUGAAAGGACCAUUUAGUAUUACUAAACCUUUUUUUUCAAGAAUUUCAACUUUAAGGGGUUGGGGUAUUCCUUUUCCAAUCGGCAAGGAUUUUGAUGUUGAAGCAUAUAUAAAAGUGGGUGAUGUGUGAUGACAAACAUUAAGCUUAUUAAUAAGCUUGCUUCCAUUUUUAAUAUUAUCAAACUGAAUAUUGGGAGAAGCAUUUUCUUGUGUUUGUAAGCCCACAAUA